AUGAAAGACAGAGUGAGAAAGAGAGAAAGAAAAUAGAAAGCGAUAUAUAUAUAUAUAUAUAUAUAUUAUAUAUUAUAUAUUAUAAAAUAUAUAUAUAUAUACACACACACCAUAUAAAAUAUAUCCAAAGAGAACUAACUAUAUUACUUCGAUUGAAAUCCCACAGGGACCAUUUUCAUCGUCGACAUGCAUGCGAAUGGCGAACGAUCGUAUCAAAGAGAUUUUUUCUUAGACUUUUGUAAUACUUACAAAAAUUGUAAUUUUUAGCGAAAAUUUUUCAAGCUUGUAAAUCCACUUUCGUAUCUUCUUCGAGAUCCUACGGAAAGAAUUCGAACGACAUGAAAAAUGUGCAAGAUGAAAAAUUCGUUCGUAAAUACGAGAGAGAGAGAGAGAGAGAGAGAGAGAUAAAAAAGGAAAAAUAGGAAAUUCUUUCCGUACGCAAAGCCACCCGAUAUAUAUGUAUAUAUACAUAUACAUAUAUACAUACAUAUGAAUAUGUGUAUAUAUAUAUCGUUCAUCUUUCUUUCUUACACGACGAUUGUAUUGUAAUUCUUCCUUAGGCGAUCGACUAGUCGCUCCUAGCUGAAUCGAGCUAUUACGCUUAAUUAAUAAUAAUAAUAAUAAUAAUUAUAAUAAUAAUAAUAAUAAUAAUAAUAAUAUAAUAAUAAUAAUAAUAAUAAUAAUAAUAAUAAUAAACACAACAGAACUAAAAAAGGAACAGGCAAGCGUACACGCACACACACACGUAGAAACACAUAGAAUAUCAUACGAUCCGAAUAAUUAGUUAGUUAGUUAAUUAAUUGAUUCAUUGAUUCAUUGAUUCAUUGAUUAAUUGAUUAAAAACGAAACGAAUAAGAACAAGUAAAGAGAAAAAAAGAAAAAGAAAUGGAAAUAUCCGAUGAGUUCUUAAAAUCUUUGAGUCGCGUAUUGAAUGAAAAAUAUUAAUCGCGUGAUUUUUCAAUCUCUGUGAAAUAUUAUUUCCGAGGAGGAACAAAGAAAAAAAAGAAAAAAAGAGAAAAGAAAAAGAAAGAAAGAAACGAAGAAGAAGAAGAAGAAGAAAAAAGAAAAAAGAGAAAAUCACGAGAAGUGGACAAAACAAAUGAAUAAAAAAUUUAAUAUCAUUUUUCAAUUGGAUUGGCGCAGUGUCUCAGUGUGCUUAUCAUUAUCUAGAUGAACGUUACGAUGUAUCGAGAGACCCAAAAAAAAAAAAAUAAGAGAGAAAAAGAAAAAAAACAAAAGAAAAAAGAAAAGAAAAGAAAAAAGAAGUUUUAUCUAUCUCCGACUUUAUCGCCAACGAGAAAUACGAGAAAGGACGUUAAGGGGAUGAUGAUCGUGAAAAAGGGUGAAAAAAAAUGAUUAAUGAAUUAAAAAAAAAAAAAAAAGAACAGGUUUUCAAGAUAAAUAAAUAGAAAAAUAAAGACGGGUUGAAUGUAAGCAAGGGGUAAAAAAAAAAAAAAAAGAAAAAAAAAAGGAAACAAGAACGAGAACAAUGAAAUUUUCAAUGAUGCAAAAUUUCGAAUUGUUCGUAAUGCAAAAAUCAAGAAACGAAUUCGUUCGACGUCAGUUUUCUUAUACGACGCGUUCGGCAUUGGAUUGAAGAGAGAGAGAGAGAGAGAGAGAGAGGGAGAGAAAGGAAAAAAAAAAGGAAAAAAGAGACUAUAUGAAAUUAUCCUAUUCGAUAAAUGGCUUCGCGAAGAUCGAUGUCCGUUUUACCGUAGGUCAAAAAAAAAAAAAAAAAAGAAAAAAGAAAAAAAAUUCUAUGCACCGUGCGAGAAACGUGAAUCGAAACUUAAAAUUCUUACAUUAGUUAAAAAAAUUUUCUUAUCAGCGCGCCUUUCGAUUCACCUUUCACCUCUCGCUUUUAAAUGGGUAAUAAGCGUAAUCUGUAUAAUAAAAUACUAUUUGGCAAACGGGACGACGUGUACGCAUUAUACGUAGAUGUUAAGUGCUAUUUACAAACCGACAGUAUCAUCCGACAUUAGCUGAAUAUAAUAAACUGCCACCAAUUUUGGGUCUACGUAUGUACGUUUGAGCACUACUGCCAUUUUCCAAAGAGGGUUGAAGGACACGUACGCGAAAAAACAACAAAAAGAAAAAAAAGAAAAAAAAGAAAAAAGAAGGAAAAUAAAAAAAAAAAAAAACAACUUACAAGCCUGUCUAUAGUGUAAUAUAAAGUCAAGAAAAUAAACUGUAUAAAUUUAUCGCGCAAUAUUCGAUCGAUAUGAGAAAUAUUUUAUUAUCCUCGAGAGAACAAUAAUGCACGAAGAGGGGGAGAGAGAGAGAGAGAGAGAUGGGGGCGGGGUGAGGAUAAUUCUUAAUCGUUUAUUUACAUAAAAAAAAAUGUCUCAUUAAUAAAAGGGGAAUUAUAUAUAAUAACUUUGAACGAAAUCGAUAAUACGAUGUUUAACUUGAUAUUAAAAGUUUGAAUAGAAAUCAAAUUGACCGGUCCAAAUGGAUAAUCGAAUAAAUUUAAUAUUCCAAUGAUCCUAUUGGUUCGUUGAUUGAACGAGAGAAAACUUUUCCUUCAUUCGAUUUAAUUUCUCGAUAUCUCGAUUGUUCGAAUCGAACGCCAUCAUGCGAUAAUAUGAAAAAGUAGAUCUCCAUCCGGGGGACUUCCGGUUUUGUCUUUUUGACAAGCGCAAGCGGUUAUAUACUAAUUGCCGUUUGACAUUUCAAUUUUUAUUUAAUAAUCCAAAAAUAUCGUACGUUUUAGUGAUAUGCGAUCUCGACGACGAUAAUCGAAAGAACGAUAAUGCACGGAUUAUAGGUUCGAUCGAAUAAAUCGUCCGAUGUUGAACGGUCACACCUGCGAAUCACAUUUAUGCGCGAAAGAGAUCGGAAAGAACAACGACAAAAUGAUCAAAACCGGAGAAGAAAAUCUACGACACCUGCAAUAUCCUCAGACAGUAGAAUUCAACGGACAGGAGGAUCAACAUUCGGUGGAAUUGUAUAGCCAAAAUGUUACCAUAAUACCAUCCUCUGGAGGUCAUGAUCAUGGAAGUUCCAAAGUAAAAUUAAAAAAUAUCGUCGACUUUACUUGGGAACAUAAUUUUUAUACCGGUCAAUUAUUGGCUGUUCAUAUGUCUGGAAAGUAUCUAGCUUAUGGUAUCAAAGUUGGAACCGGAGGCGGAGUAGUACGGGUUGUAUAUAAAGAAUUAGAACAAAGAGCAUUACUCAGAGGCAUGCACGGAGCGAUACAAGAUCUAGCAUUUGCUCAUGUGUCAAAUGCAAUUUUAGCUUGCGUAGAUUACUCAGGAAAUCUCUUUAUACAUACUAUCGAGUCUACGCCAUCAGAAUUAUUAUGUAGUUUAGUAUUACAAGUAGAUGCAGAAGAAUCCUCACCGACUAGUCAUCGUGUUAUUUGGUGCCCAUAUAUUCCUGAAGAUGAUCCAUCGGACGGAGAUGAAGUGUCAAAACUUUUGGUACUGACAAGGGGUUCAAAGGCAGAACUGUGGUCGGUUGCCACUGUUGCAGCCAGAUUUAGAUCUAUAGAGGCAACUGAUCCAGCUGCAAAAGAAAGUGGCGGUAUGAUAGAAAUUAAUCAACACUCAGGAAUGAUCGUUGAGGCAACGUUUAGCCCAGAUGGUACGGCCUUAGCUACAGCCAGUCUUGAUGGAGAAGUCAAGUUCUUCCAGGUAUAUAUGCACGGUAAUUCUCAUGGUACGCAAACCCAACCACAUUGUUUACAUCAAUGGCAACCCCACGGUGGACGUCCCAUUUCUUGUCUAUUUUUUCUCGACGAUCAUCAAACUUGUCAACCUGACGUACAAUUCUGGAGAUUCGCUAUUACUGGCUGUGACAAUAAUUCAGAAUUGAAAGUAUGGUCGUGCGAAUUAUGGACUUGUUUGCAAACGAUUAAAUUUGCGCCAACUCCUUCCACCGGAAAAGUUCCUGUAUUGAAAGCAGGCUUAGACCUUAGCGCUGGUUAUCUCUUGUUAUCUGACAUAUAUAACAAAGUUCUGUACAUAUUGAGUAUUUCGAAAGUCAGUGGAGAGGCAUUAGCGUGUGUAAGUACAAUAUCAGAAUUUCUUCUGCCAUAUCCUAUCUUGAGUUUUGGAAUUGUUGAUGCUGGGCAAAGAAAAAUACGUCCAACGGGAGAAUCCUUGGAGGAUCUUUCCCAGUGCGAGGAAGAAUCCGAGGAACAGCUUGUCAUCAGAAUGUACCUGGUUCAACCAAAAUCAUUACAAGAAUGUCAUAUAGCAUUUAAGCCUGCCUCACAAGUGAGUGGCAACUGUCUCAUGGAUAUGCUGACCCAUGAUUCCUUGGAUUAUUCUGAAGAUUUACCCGACAUUGGGACUGUUAAUCACAAUGGAAUUUCAGGAGAAAAUAGCGAAGAAGAUCGUAUGUUAUCGGCUACGAUCGAACCAACGAGUAAUCAUAACGCCGGAUUAAACUUAAUGACACCGGACGCAUUUAGCUCGCCUGCGAAAAAGGAGAACAAUGAAUUAGAAUCAAGCCCUGCUAGUCCUGAACUUGGGAACGUGUUGUCUGCUAGUCCAUCACUGGCACAGGCGGUGCAAGCGUUAAAUGCAUCGGAUCCACCGCUUGCAACGAGCGAACUUGAGGAACAUGCUCCGGCUAGUGGUGGUAGUAGUCCUUCCAGAGAGGUCAGAGAGAUUCUCUCGCUCAGUAAACAAGACGAGGAGGCUGAUUCUGAAAGUAAAAAGGAAGCCGCACCAAAUACCGAUGAAGAUUGGCCUAAUAUUCCAAUGGUAUUGUUAAAAGAUGUCAAUGUACACGCCAUGAAACCAGACUCCGAAGAAUAUCCAAAUGGGGAAGAUGAUACUACUGUACAAAGGAACAAGACGAAGGAAGAAACGAAAUCUUCUGCCAGUCACAUUUCUUGCGAACAAGAGGCCAAAUGGCAAAAUGCAAAUAAUAUAAAUAUUACUGACGUAACCAAUAAAAUGGAAUCUAUUUUAGAAACUAUUCAAGAACAGUAUCAAGAAAUUAGAGAAUUAAAAGCUGAAGUUACGAGAUUACGCCAGGAGACGCCUAUAUUGACGCGCGUGGAAUCGGUUUUAGCAAGAGCAUCGCAACAACAAACGGCAACGUUAGAACAAUUAUAUGGACAAAUGACUCGUCAGCGUGAAUUCUUAAAUACACUCGAGACAACGAUUAAAGAUAAAAUAGAGGCUAUUUUACCACGUAUUGUUGAGGAAACGGUCGAACCAUUAAAACGUCAGCUUCAUUUGGAUGUAACGCGUAUGGACGAUCUGUUGAAGGAUAAUUUGACUAAAUUAAUUAACGGUACACAUAUAAAAGAAACAUUGGCAUUAGCUGCGGCAAAUGCAGCUAAACCUGCUCUUGACGUAGCUUUCAAAGACACUUUUACAAAUAUUCUUUUACCUGGCAUGGAAAAAGCUUGCCAAAAUAUGUUCAGACAAGUACAAGAUGCAUUCGUCAGAGGUACACGCGAAUACCUUCAAAACGUCGAUAUUAUUAUUGAUAAGCAAUAUCAACAACGAAAUGAACAACAAAGCGAAGCAUUAUCAUCAUUGGUACGCGAAGAAUUACGAAAUGAAUUUUCUAGAGGACUAUCUUCUUUACAAGAGGAUAAUGUACGUAUUGUUCGAGAAUCAAUCAGGGAAAAUCUAAAUCAACAACUGAAUGAAAUAUCUGGCGCACGUUCACGUGCCACAACUCCUGCCACAAUAUCCGUACCUGUCGUUGCUGAUGCGCAAACUCGAGUUGUCUCUCUAUUGCAAAGAGGUCAAUUAAAUGCCGCUUUUCAACAAGCUUUAAGUGCCAGUGAUUUGGGAUUAGUCGUUUUGGCCUGUGAAAGGACAGAACCGUCAAAAGUAUUUUCCUCACCUGUAGGGCCACAAGGCCAAGGUACAAGAUGUAUUUUACAACAGCCAGUACUAUUGUCAUUGGUACAACAACUUUCUGCCGAUUUAGGACAUCGUACGGAACUUAAACACAGGUGGCUAGAAGAAGCUAUAUUGAAUUUAGAUCCAAAUGAUCCAGUUACUCGAGAGCACAUGGGUACUGUAUUAAUGACUUUGCAAAAUCAAUUAGCUACUUUUGUAACAGCAAAUCCAAAUCAUCGGUCAGCCAGACGAAUGAAAAUGUUAGCCAUGGCAGCACGUGCUUUAUUAAAUCAACAUCCUUGACCAGCAGUUUGUCUUCAAUAAGCACAUUCGUGUAUAAUAUAAGGUUCUUAUUUUCUGUCAAAACUGAGACGUGUUAGUCUACAAGCAAUAUCGCUAUAGCGAAUUUAAGACUGACAGUAGUUCACAUGGAAUGUGAAAGAAAUACUGUAUGAAUAUACGUUGUAAUUGUAUUGAUUUACUGGAAUACUGUUUUCUAUUGUCCGCAAAGUACUCAACUUUGUAAAAUAUCAAUCAAAAUAUUUUCAUAUUAGUAUUAUCGCAUCGAAACUUCUAAGUAAAAUUUUUAUAUAUUUCAUGUUAUUGAAAUAUUUAGUUCCAUCUAAAGUUUUUAUUAUCGAGAAGUUUUCACAACAUCUUUGUUCGCUAUUUAAUUUUUGUUUCUUUAACUUUCAUGUGAAUUUUAUACAAAAGGGGAUUUCAAUGUCAACAGAAACUGUAAAAAAAGAAAAAAAAAAAGAAAAAGAAAAAAAAAGAAAGAAAAAAUAACCUAUUUUACAUUUGUUACUUAUAAUAAUGUUCAGAAAACUUUUUUAUUGCUAAUUAUAUAGACAGUGCAUUUCAGUGCACGCCAUUCAUGACAUGAUCUAUAAUGUAUUUUGGAUAUACUUAUAAAUUUGAGGCUAUUCUAGAAAUUCUUAUUACUACUAAUUGGCAUUUUUUUUGUUCUCCUCUUUGCAGGAUACACGUGUACUUUGCAUCGCGAUUCGUCUUUAGCUUUCUUUCCUUUUUAUUAUGUACAUAUUAUUAUUAUUAUUACCAUGAAUUUCAUAUUCUUAUUUCAUCUAGUGAAUCAAAAUGUUUCACGUUAUCUAGAUUAUAAGAGAAGAGGUAAUACAACACUAAAAAGGUACAUAAAAUGCAAUCUUCAUAAAACCGAAAAAUAAUCUAUAUGUAAAACAUACUUUUACAUUAUUCAUUACAUUUAUAAAUAGAUAUCUUUUUUCUAAUGAUUUUUUUUUAAAUUUAUAACGUUUUGGAGUAAAUAAUACAGCGUAUCAUUUGCAUGUACACGCAUGUCAGUGUUCCAUAUAAUGUUGAAAAUGUUUCUCUUGUAUCUUUCAACGACAUAUGUAAAUAAUAUAGCGUAUUUUACAUUCA